AGCCCAGAUUCACCGGGAGCGGGUGAGAGCUACGAUCUGCUUAGACUCAACAAACACGAUAUCGCCUUCCUAGGUGGGCAUGGAGUCCAAGAUUUGGGGGGAGUGAGCCAACGUUACAAGAACCAAGACACAGGACAGGACAAUCUCCAUGGCUGCUACAGCCAGUAGCAGAACUGAUCCCAGACCAGGCUGGGUUGCUUUUCCAGAUGAGGAGUCACAGGCAGACGAGGACCACCUCCAGCCCUCUUUAGAUCAGCCUGUGCAGGACUCCUCUACUUGGGCAGAAGUACCAUGUGUGUCUGGUCAGAAAGCAGAGCAGCCAAAUUCCUGGGUUCAGUUUGAUGAAAAACCAUGGUCACCCUCUUCUCCUCCUCCUUCACAGGUAAAAGGUCCCAGGCACAGCAUUUGCUCUUCAGCCAGUUUCUGGAGUGCCGUUCCCCCAUCAGAGAGCAGCUGGACCACCCAAUCAGAGGAGCAGAGCUCCGUGAGCAUGGGGGCGUCUUCCUGUGACCUGCCCUCACUUAACACCGAAGAGCCACCCAGUCAAACACCCUCCUGUCCCCACUCUUCUAACUCUUCUGUGUGCCAAGAGGAUGAAGGAAUAAACAUGGAUUCAUUCAACUGGACAGCAAACAACCAACACACUAAUGGCCAAUCUUAUGUCACCUCCAACCGCUUUGCCAGCUGGGUUACCUUUGAUGAUGAUGAGGAGUCAGUUUUCCAACCUCCAGGGAGACAGUCUAAUAUAAAACUGGAUAACCUCAACAAUUCUCCACUGCAGGAUGCCAACAGCAACCUGAUUUCCUCUUCCUUUUGUGGCCAGAUGACAGAGAGACACAUUCUGGACUUGACCCCUGAUGGCACCAAUUCCAUCUUUGAGUUUAAUAACACACUAUCAAACAACAGCGUUCCGUACAACAAGAAGAAUCCUUUUCUGGAUGAUGAGCUCUCAAACCUGCAGCCUUCUCCUAUUAACCCUUUCAGUGCCUAUUUUGACAAAACAGACCUGAAAACAUCCCAAGGCAUUGGCCUGUGUCAGGAGGUACCGGAUUUGUCCACCUUCAGUUUACCGUUCAUUGAGUAUCAAGAUGCUGAUAUCAAAAGGGAAUCUAUUAUGCUUUUCUCAUCUAAGAAAGACUCUGUAGUUAAAAAAGAUAGUAUCCCAUCAGGCUUUCCUGUAGAAGGUCUGGAUCAGCUCAGGAAUAUUCACAUUUCUGACCCUGACCGUGACGACAGUCCUACUCUACCAGAUGGUUCAGUGGAGGAAGUUGACUCUGAUGAUUCCACCUACGAACCAGACCAUAUGACUCCUCAGGAUGGCUGGCCCAUGCUCCUGCGCAUACCUGAGAAGAAGAACAUCAUGUCCUCACGUCACUGGGGACCAAUAUUUGUCAGGUUGACGAACAGUGGCCAGCUGCAACUUUUCUAUGAGAGAGGCCUGGAAAAGCCCUUCAAAGAGUUCCAGCUAAACUCCCAGCAUGAAAUAUCUGAACCCAAGCUCCAGAACUAUGAUGAGAAUGGUCGUGUUCAUACCAUAAGUGUAGACCAUGUGGUUUACAAAGAGAAGAGGAAGAUCCAGCCCAAGGUCUCAGUGGUUCAUAUGCCUGUGAGAGAGCAAGCAGUGAAGCUUGGGACAACAAACUAUGAAGACUUCUUGAGCUUUCAACACGCUCUGCAGGAGAGCCUUGUGGGCCUCUCUGUGGAUCAAGAAGGUCUUAACUGGCCAACGACUUACACUGAGGAGGAGAUCCACGUGGAGGUGAAGGAUAACUUCUAUGGGAUUGUCUCCAAAGGGGACAGCCGUAUCUUACAGCAGCUGGUUUUGACCCGAGUGAACAUGCUAGCCUUCUUGAAUGGAUCUUCCCCAUGCAGUAUUGGCCUCAAUGAUGUCCAUGUCAAAGGUAAAGAGGUGGUUUCUCGGCAUGACAUAAUUCCCAACACAACAUCACGUUGGAUCCAGCUCCGGGAUUGUCGACUGCACGAGUGUGCAGACCAGUUAGAGUUUGCGGAGUCCCGAGCCAUUACAUUUAGCCCACCGGUUGGUCGUCGCUUUGAACUGCUGCGUUUCCGUACGGCGUUUGCUGAAAAAACUCUUCCCUUCACUCUGAGAACAGUAGCUUGUGUCAAGGGUGCGGAAGUGGAGGUGCAGUCAUGGCUGGUGAUGUCAACAGGGUUUUCAUCCAAUCGAGAUCCUUUAACAUUAAUUCCUUGUGAGAAUGUUGCUAUCCGUUACCCCAUACCGGAAAUUUGGGCAAAGAACUUUAAGCGAGAGAGUGUGACGGGAGAGAAGUCCUUGAAGGCUCGCUUCAAUAAAGGAGCCAGUUUUGGUUCAACCAGCACAUCAGGCUCGGAACCAGCCAUGAGAGUCACUCUCGGCGUAGCGAAGUACGAACAGGCCUUCAGGUCUGUGGUGUGGAGGAUCAAUCGCCUGCCAGACAAGAACUCAGCACUGGGACAUCCUCAUACCUUCUACUGUCAUUUGGAGCUGGGCUCAGAUUGGGACGUGCCUCCUAAGUUUGAGUGCCUGGUGGAAGUUGAGUUUGACAUGCCCUCUGCUUCUGCGUCCAAAGCCACCGUUCGCUCUCUGUCCGUGGGGGACAGAACUGACUUGAAGAAAUGGAUCACCUACAAAUCACAUUACUCCUAUCAGGUGGCAGUGGAGCAGAAGAAUGAGCGCACGUUGGACAGUCCCCAGAAGAAGCAGCAAGGCCAGUGCUCUCAACAGUGAGGAACCAGCAAAAGAGGGAGGUUUACGGCUUGCACUUGUUGAACGAGAGAAAAUUCAACCCUAAAUCGGGGUAGUUUUCGUUUACAUUUCUUGCCCGUUUGGACUAUUUGCAAAGGUGUAAAAUUGAAAUGCAGCGAGAUUGAUAUGCAAAAACGGAUCCCUUGCAACACUACAGUAUAUAUCCAGACCUCUAUAAGCAUUACAUAUCCAAAUAUUUCAAGAUUUGCUAUUGCUACUAAUCAGGGCGGUCAAACGAUUAAUUGCAUUCAAUGCAUCCAACGUUUUUGUUCACAUAAUAUCUGCGUGUACUGUGCAUGUUUAUUAUAUACUUAAGGAAAUUAUGUCAAUAUAAUAAAUAUAUAUAAAUACAUAUAAAUAUUUUCUAAUUAUAUAAUGUAUGUGUGUGCUUUUAUAAUAUACACGGUACACAUACGUUAUGUAAAUGUAAAUAUUUUGGAUGUGAUUAAUCACUUGAGAGCACUACUAUUAAUCAUAUUUUAUGGACAUGGACAUCUGGCUUUGUCCACAAGGCGAGUAACUCGCAAUCAUCUCAUAAAGUAAUCUUAUUUGCCUAAAACGAUGCAGCUGUUGUGGUUUGUUUUAGCUGCAGAUAUCACAAAAAUGUCGUGUAAAUUUGUCUGUAUAUUUUGGCCUAUGAAGAGUCAUUUGUGUAGUGUCACCAAGUGAGUUUUCUUUCUAUUUAACUUUGUACAGAGGAUAAGAGGGAUUUGUUAACUAACUAACACAUUUCAGACUUCUUCUUUUUUUAAUUAGAAGACAAACAAGUGAUAAAAAUACAUGCUAAAGGUACCAGUGAUGCAAAUCGUUUAUUUUAGAUUCAUAUUCAUGAGUGUCUUAUAAGCACAUUUUAUUUGUUUUUAUGAAUAUACGUUAGAGAAACAAAAAUUCCAAAUGAAAAUAUUAUUCAGAUUCAGUUAAUUUGGUCACUUUUCUUUCGCCACAUACACAUAAUCAUAUCUGAGUAGCUGCGAACGUGUGCAUGUCUUAAAGCAUAGCACUGCAGCGAGGGAAAUGAUUGUGAAUGUAAAACACCCUGUGCUUUGCAUAUCCUGAUGAGAUACUGAGUUUAACAAUUAAGUAGGUUCAAAAAUAGGGUCAUAAUUACUAAAGAGGGCUUAAACUUUGCCAAACUAGCAUCUACUUCUUCACAUGACUUUCAGGUUAAUGCUGUUUAUUAAACUAAUUGUUGUUGAACAUUUGCUGAUAAGUAAUAAGUGUUUAAAUUUAAGAUAACAUUUCCCAAAUAAUAUUUUUCCAUUAUGUUUGCUGCAUUUUUUUUAUGUUUUGGUUUUGGGAGUUGCAGUUGCUUCGAUUAUUCGGUGCAUAGACCUAGUACUAAUCAAGAAUGAUUUUGAAAAUGAUGAUGUAUUUUUUUAAAUAAUUAAUAAUGAUUAUGAUUUAAUAUUGCUGUUUUGUCCUGUAAUGCAGAGGAAAACAUUUAAUAGAACUAAUGACCUGACCAUUAUUUCACACUGUUAAACAAAACAAAAAAAAAUUUUAGAAAUCAUUUUGUCUGCUUUUCUUCUUUAGUUUUUUUUUUUAAUUGACAUAAUUCUUUUGAAACAAUAAAUACAGUUUUGCAAUAUUUGAAUACUUUUGUUAAUACUGACACUUCAAUACAGGCAAUAGUGUCUUAAAUUUCAUUUGUUAUGUGUUUUGUGUGUUUGUGUGUGUGCGCGCACCAGGAACAAGUAUUGGAACAAGGUUCCAGGAUUAAAAGAUAUUUUGUGA